AUAAAAGGAAUGAGGGGAGGUCGCUGACGUGUGGGCCUCCGCCGGCUAUCCACCACCACCACGCACUGACUGGUUGAUUCCUACGGUUUGUCACAGGCCAACAGCCGGAGCUCGCUCGCCGGCGCUUGUCCAGUCCACGCACAUGGCGACUCCGACCACGAGCCGUCUCCACGUCCACCUCCUCCCCGCCCUCCCAUCCUGCCCACCUCGCGCUCCGUCCUCCUCAGCCCCAUCAGCUCGGGGACCCAGCCGUCGGCUUGCCUCCCGGCUCUACUGCUCCUCGCCGCCGGUGGAAGCGCCGCCGUCCGGCAAGGGCGGCGAGUACCGGCCCUCCUUCGCCGACGACUUCCUCCUCGUCUUCUUCCGGGCCAAGAUGGUGGAGGAGGUUGGGUGGGAUUCUCAAAAGCCUGGAUACGACGGGCUGAUUGAAGUUGCGAAUCGCCUUAUGAUCAAGGGGAAGAAUGCUUCGGAGACUGAGCAAUCAGCUGUCCGAGUACUCCAGGCACUAUUCCCCCCUCUGUUGCUAGUCCUUUUCAAAGCACUUUUAGCACCAAUUGCUAAUGGCCAACUUGCAUCCAUGAUGGUAGCUAGAGCAACAGCGCUUUCUUGCCAAUGGCUGAUGGGCACAUGUUCAGUGAAUUCUGUGGCACUGCCCAAUGGGAAGUCGUUGUCAAGUGGGGUGUUUGUCGAGAAGUGUAAAUAUUUGGAAGAGAGCAAAUGUCUUGGCAUUUGUAUCAAUACGUGCAAACUGCCAACCCAGACCUUCUUCAACGAUCACAUGGGCGUCGAUUUGUAUAUGGAGCCAAAUUUUGAAGACUAUAGCUGCCAGUUCAACUUUGGAGUUCCACCCCCACCUAUCGACACCGACAAGGCCCUGAAGGAACCAUGCUUGGACAUAUGCACAAACGCGAGACGGCGCAGAGAGCUUGGCAGCAGCGGUGGCCCAGAUGGUCUAUGCCCCCAGGUUUGAUCUGCUGUUUCCCGAAGUAUGUAUGCUCCCUCCAUUCCAUAAUGUAGUGUCUAUAGAUUUUUUGGAAAGUCAAACAUUGUAAUCAAGUUUGUAGAGAAAACUAUUUACAUUUACAGUACCAAAUAUAUAAAAUAUGAAA